CUGCGCCCCUGCGCUCCGCGCCCGCGGCUGCUGCAGGCGCUCCCUCGCCCGCCGGCCGCAGUUGACCGCCUGCCUUUCCCGCCCGGGCUGUUGCCAUGCAAAUGUUAUUCCCGGGCCGAUCACGUGUCCUUUGAAGGGCCACGUGGAUUAACAAAGCUGAUCUGCCCCCAGCUCGCCCCCCUCGGCAGCUAAAUUUUUUUUCUUAACUUCUUUAAAACUGAUCUUGAAUGCAUACAUCCUCCAAACGCAGCUCCCCUAAUCCUAUGGAAUAAUUCAACUCGUGAAUGCACUUGGAGCCCUAGAUGACCGCUUUAUAAGGCAGCCCCUCGGAGUUGGGAGGCUGCAGUCUACCUGGGACACUCGAGGAGGCACACGAGGCUGAAAGUGGACGGGUGCCUCGCGCCACCGCCUCUCCCGAGGGCGCGUACUGACCAGGAUGUCAGACAAGCUCAAGGAACGCAAAAGAACCCCCGUUUCUCAUAAAGUGAUAGAAAAGCGGAGGAGGGACCGGAUCAACCGCUGCUUGAACGAGCUGGGCAAGACGGUGCCCAUGGCCCUGGCGAAGCAGAGUUCUGGGAAGCUGGAGAAGGCGGAGAUCCUUGAGAUGACCGUCCAGUACCUGAGAGCCCUGCACUCGGCUGACUUUCCCCGGGGAAGGGAAAAAGCAGAACUCCUAGCAGAAUUUGCCAACUAUUUCCACUACGGCUACCACGAGUGCAUGAAGAACCUGGUGCAUUAUCUCACCACAGUGGAGCGGAUGGAGACCAAGGACACCAAGUACGCGCGCAUCCUCGCCUUCUUGCAGUCCAAGGCCCGCCUGGGCGCGGAGCCCGCCUUCCCGCCGCUGGCUUUGCUCCCGGAGCCCGAUUUCAACUGUCAGCUGCACCCGGCGGGGCCUGAGUUCGCUGGCCACAGCCCCGGCGAGGCCGCUGUGUUCCCGCAGGGCGCGGCCUCGGGGCCUUUCCCCUGGCCUCCCGGCGCGGCCCGCAGCCCGGCGCUGCCCUAUCUGCCCAGCGCGCCAGUGCCGCUCCAGAGCCCCGCGCAGCAGCACAGCCCCUUCCUGGCGCCCGUGCAGGGCCUGGACCGGCAUUACCUCAACCUGAUCGGCCACGCGCACCCCAACAACCUCAACCUGCACACGCCCCAGCACCCCCCGGUGCUCUGAUGCUCACUCGCCAGAUUUCUCCGCGCGUUGGGCGCUGCUUAGGAGAAAUACUGUAUAUAAUUGUACAGGUGUAAAUACUGUGACCACAAAAAAGUAGGUGUGGGAAGGCCAAGAGCGAGUUAGUCUUCUGAAGGAUCUCCCCCUGGCAAUAAACGUUUUCUAAUAAAGACCCCAA